GGCGAGGGUUAACGUCUUCAUUAAUGGUUUCCAUGUCAAUCUGAACCCUAGAUGCCAAUCUAACAUCACGUGAUUUUAAAACCACCCCUUUGUGGGAGGAGUUUAAGAAAUCGGUUCUAUUCGCUUAUGGAGUGGGUUGUUCUGAUGUAGAUGUAUAUAUACGUACGUUGUCGAAUGGUAUUUAUCUUUAAAAUAGAGAUUUGACUUAUCAUAUUAUGAUACCAACUGAUAUAGCCGGAUAAACGUGCGAUAACGGUCUUGCGUUAUUUCAACUUGGAACUUUUUUGCUAACACGAAGUAUACAAUUGCGACUGUGAUUUUGUGAAUGAACUUGGAACAAAACUUGUGUAAUUUCUUACCGAGGAUAUUAUAAUUUUCUUUCAUUUACUCGGACUUGGAACAUUUCAUUAAGUUGCGUUUGGAUUCUGACAUCAAUUUGAACGGUGGUUUAUUUUGUUCUAAGACAUUUUUUUCUGGAUUUUUGGACUUUCUAAUGGAGUUCAAUGGCUCAAGUUGAAUCGCCGUGGAUUUCCACCCCCUACCAUCGGGAUCAGAGUACUACAUCGUCAUCUUCUCCGAACCCCGUCAAAUCGGAAUCAUCUAGUCCAUCGUCACGAUCGCCAGUCGCUCAAGAAUCUUACAGCGCUGUUUCCCAGAGGGGCAUGCACCCCGUUCUUAAUCUGCCCGAAUAUCACUCCAAGUUGUUGCCGAAAGAAGACGUAGAAUACUAUCUCAACUACCUGGACCAUCCUUCCAUCACUUCCCAAGGGCACCUACCACCAACUACGUCAUCGAAUUCAGACCCUCACCACCUUAGCUCAGCAAUGUAUCAAGGGUCCGUCCACGCCAUGUCGGUACAAACGCCUUCAGGAUACCCCCACGAAACUUCCAGCUCGUAUCUACACCCGGGAACCAGCCCGCUGUACGUCCCUACUCCUCGUACGAUGCUCCCGAUGCAGUACGUGAGCAACCCAGCCGGUCAAUCCCCACCGGGAAGGGGCAUGUUACCGAUGAACUACCCGACACAAUCUUCGUCAUCCUACAACUUACAAUCCGACGUUUCUUACGGAUCGAAUCCAUCAGUACAGCAACGUUUCGGCUUUAGCCCGACAUCGACGUCUCCGAUCUCGACACCGUCCACAAGACCCGAUGGAGGAUACAGUGGUUCUCUUGCCCGACCCCCGGGUAUCAAUCCCUACCCGACGUAUAUGGGAACAGAUAUUGGUCGAUGGAACACCUUUAAUAAUAUGACACUACAGCAAGGAUUUUGCCGAACCGGUCCAGAUGGCCAAGAUUACUACGCUGACUUGGAAGGUCGUGAAUGUGUUAACUGUGGCGCUCUCUCUACGCCAUUAUGGCGACGAGACGGUACCGGACAUUAUUUGUGCAAUGCCUGCGGCCUUUAUCAUAAGAUGAAUAGUGUCAAUGGGGCGAUUCUGAAACCUCAACGUAGACUGUCUGCAUCAAGACGUAUUGGAUUAUCAUGUUCUAACUGUCAUACAAGUACGACUACGUUAUGGAGACGUAACAACGAAGGCGAACCAGUCUGUAACGCUUGUGGUCUUUACUAUAAAUUACAUGGGAUUAAUCGACCAUUAGCCAUGAAAAAAGAUGGAAUUCAAACCAGAAAACGAAAACCAAAGGGUCAAGGAAAAACAAAGUCUGUCUCAAACAAAUCAGAAGCCCCGCAAGUCGAAGUGAAAACUGAACCCGUAUCACAGAACUCUCAUAUAGAAACACCUAGCCGCCAUUUACCAACUCCGCCCGACAGUCUUUCCGGUCAAAUAACCAAUCACUAUUCAGCUAGUGGAAAUAUGUCGUCCAUGGCGUCCCUACCAAAUAACUCAGUGACAUCGCUUAGUCCUAACCUAUCUGAUCAAAGUUCUUUGAGCAGUCCAUUGCAUGGCCAUACUUUGCCGUCUCCCCAAAACAGUCACCUGUUCGCGACCCCUUCUCCACCUAAAGCUGUUCCGGUUAAUAUGGACAAUGACCAUGCGCAUUCUUAUCCAGGAAGUCACCUGAACAUCCAUAUGAUGGAAACUGGAAGUGGAAGUCAGGUACCUGUGGCUGCCAACUAACUAGUUUAGAAUGUUACUUAAACCGAAGUUACCGUUGAUUGCACAGUUAGAAAAGGUUGUUUCGUGUUUGACUUCUUACCUUAGUGUGUGCCGGAACGAUGUGUGGACAUGAAAGAAACAAUGACAUCGUUCAUUGGCAAUACGGAUUUAGAGCAUGGAAAUACACGUGUUCACGCUACCAGGAACUCUAACAACAACACCGAUUGACUGUUAAUGGAACAAGGUUUCCAAUGGAGAAUCUUAUUGCUGCAAAGGAUUUUACGAAUAUCCACAUUUUGUAUGGAUAUGAAGCUACGUAUUGCCUAAACUUAAGGGUCUUCAGCUGUUUGCAGCCUAUUUGACCGUAUAGGAUGAUGAUUAUGCGCAGACGAUUUAUUUUUAGAUGAUCGGAAUGAUUUUAAAACGGCGAAUAUAUUUAAGCAAUGUUAGUGCUGAUCAAAAUACCACAACGAAAACAAACAGAUUAACGUGUCUCUAAGUCAACGACGAACAAGAUCUCACCAUAGUUUGCGCGAUCCCCGUAAACUAGAAAAAUCAUUACUGUGGCAUAUACGUUCAUAGACUAUAAAGUAUCGUCGCUUUAUUUUAAGUAGUUUUCAAGUUUAUGUCAAAUCUAAAUAUUUUGAUAUCCAAACGAGUUGAAGUUUGGUUUUGACGCCAUUUUGAAUUGUUUGAAAAUGAUUGUACUUACGGGUACAUAUGAAAAGACAGUAUUAUUUCACGUGCAUGUACAGAACAAGUUUUAUGUAUAUAUUUAUAUUUAGUCAACAUCUGUAUUUGAAUAUUUUAGGGUAAUUUCUGUAUGACGUCACUGACCAUCUCAGGUUUUAUGUAAUAAUAGUAUGAAUCUAAAAAUAAUCUUUGUAAACUUAAUAUUCCAAAUUGAUCCCAAUGGAAAAAAAGAGAUAGCUUCGGAAAUUGCGACCGUUGCUUUCACAAACACCGCGUUACGGGACGUGGUAAUCGAUGUUCUAGAACGACUAAGCAUAUCCUUCCUCGUAGAUAACUGCAGAUGGUGUGUCCUUGAUUUGCACAGAUUAUAAAUAAUAUUUACCUAGGUACCCCAUUCAGUGCAGUGACGAGAGAAACCUCUACUUACAAUAAAUUAUAUAAAUUGGAAGAUUUAUUUCGUUUCUAUAUUGCAAUUUCAUUAAUUAAACGAAACAAAAUUGAAAUUAUAUUUAGUUAAUCUGCAACUUACAAUGUUGAAUUUGAUUUAAUUAAUCUGCAACUUACAAUGUUGAAUUUGAUUUAAUUAAUCUGCAACCUGCAAUGAAUGUGUUAUAUUUUGUUGAUAUAUUAUUGUGAAUUGAAGUGCCAAACUGAUCAAUAGUGCCUGUAAAUUAUUUUGGUUUUCUUUACCAUUUUGAAAAGUGCCAUGUGAAAUUUAAUGCCAUUUUAAAUAGUGUCUUAUGAACUUUAGUGCCAUUUUAAAUAGUGAUUUUUGCGCCAUUUUUAUAAACGAUACCCGAAUGCCUACAUGUCCAGAUUCAGGCUGUUAAAUCCCAUGUAUUCAUUUAUUUGAAAUGAUCUAUUAAGUCUCCCUUUCCGUAUUUUGCGUUUAUUUUAAUAAUUAUUCAAACGUUUCAGUUCUUGAUUUGUAACGACACGAAUCAGUGUCAAAAUAUACAUUUUUUGUUUGUUGGUUUGUUUAUUUGUUUAUUUUGUAGAUAAAGCAUGUCUCUUUCUUGAAUGAAUAAUGAAAUAAUUUAAUGGAAUAAUUAUAAAUAUAUUAUAUAAAUAUAUACAUCUUGAUUAAGUAAUUAAAAUAGAUGAAAAGUUA